AUGGCCAGAGAUAUCUAUGAGAAUAAUUACUACCGUAAAGGUGGGCGCGCCAAACUGCCAGUCAGAUGGAUGCCUCCAGAGGCGUUUCUCGACGGUUUAUUCACAACUCAAACCGAUGUUUGGUCAUUUGGCAAGUUUUUGUUGGCUUUCAGGGCACGAGCAGCGAGCCUUUGGGGCUGGAUAUGGCGCUGCUCGUUCUCCGCCAAUUUGUCGAGGCGGCAACUGCUGGAAAAUGGGCAGGCCAAAUCCAGCCCUUCCCCAGGGUCUGCAGCAAAUUGGGCUAUUUACCCACGCUUGAACCCUCAACCGAUUGUUAUUUCAGGUGUGGUUCUAUGGGAGAUCUCCUCGUUCGGUAUGCUGCCGUACUUCGGUGUUGACAACUUUGACGUCAUGGGAUUGGUAACAAAACGCGCGGAAGGAAUUGAUCUAUCCAAACAGUCUCAUUGUGUUCAGAAACGAGAAAUAGCUGACCUGUCAAUCGAUUGCUUUGCUUCGGUGCCGUCGGCUUUUAUGUCGUUUGCGAGUACGCCAACGCCAGCAGUGCCUGCUCUGCCAUCGCCUUCAAUCGCAGGCACACCCUGUACUGCCGUGACGGCACUCAGUCCUGGCACGCCCGAUACCGCAGCAGCAGGUUAG